UCGAGGUUGAGGCAGAAGCAAGUGCAGAUAAUGACAUUUAUUUAAACAAACGUACUAUGAAACAAAGACACUAAGACAACUUGGUAUAACACUGUGGCAUGAAACAAAACACCGAGACAUAAACGACAAGAGUCUAAGACAACGAAAGACCUGCAAACAGUGCAGACAAUGACUAUAUAUAUAUACACACACACACACACACACACACACACACACGUGCUCAUUAACAAAACGUGAAUCAGGUGCAGGUGGUCAUGUGACAGCUAGUGCAGUGCAGUGGCUGAUGGGAACUGGAGUCCAGAGUUUCUUGAUACAUGGCAUUGGUGUUGUUAAAUGUGGGUGUUUAAUUUGCCAGUUCUUUACUGACAUUUUUUGGAUGGGAAAAAAAAACAAGUGGCAUUAAUCAAAUUAAAUAGUUGUUUUUUUUUUGUUUUUUUUUUUUAAAUAACUAAGAGAAAUAAUAAGACCUUUUCCUAUUCCAAGGAAUGGUAGUCUAUAAAUAUGAGGCAGGUUUCAGUGAUUUCAUUCUACAGUUCAGCCAGGCACUUUCAAUAACAAAUUCAAAUCAAUAACUGUUUCACUAGAGAUUUUUCAUGUAAUGAAUGUUGCAUGAGAUAUUCCAGCACAUUUGACAGACGAGUGGCAUGGCAUAUUUAGCAACGAUGCUUCAUAGACCAUACAAUGUUUAUAUUGUAUAUUUUUAUUAUGUGUUGUGUUGGUCUCAGGCUAACACUACUUUUAUCUCUAUUAGGUGUGAAACAUAGGAGAGAAAGCAGAAGGUGUACAGAGAAAGAGUAAAAGUGAUUCAAUAUGGCAGCCGAGGAAAAGCCUGGUGUUAAGAGCAGUACCUCCAUUGUGCCAUGCUUCCUGUUUGUGGAGCUGGUGAUCAUGGCAGGAACGGUCCUCCUGGCGUACUACUUCGAGUACACAGACACCUUCCCUGUGCAUGUCCAAGGUUUCUUCUGCUAUGACAAGACGUUUUCCAAGCCUUACCCAGGUCCAGAGGAGAACAGCAAAGUGCCACCUAUCCUCGUGUACUCGCUGGUUACUGCUAUCCCUACCAUAACGAUUUUGGCUGGAGAGUUGAUGGCAUUCUUCAUGAAGUCAGAGAGCACACGAGAGAAGACUAUUGUUACGGCAGAUUGCUGCUACUUCAGUCCUUUGCUGAGACGCAUUAUACGCUUCCUAGGUGUCUACUCCUUUGGCCUCUUCACUACCACUAUCUUUGCCAAUGCUGGACAGGUGGUCACAGGAAACCAGACACCUCACUUCUUGUCAGCAUGUAGGCCUAACUACACAGUUUUGGGCUGCCACUCCAAUCUUCAGUACAUCACAGAGCGUCGUGCUUGCACAGGGAACCCACUCAUAGUGACAUCUGCCCGUAAAUCCUUCCCCUCAAAGGAUGCAGCACUGAGUGUCUACUCUGCUGUCUACACUGUGAUGUACGUGACACUGGUGUUCAGGACGAAGGGAACACGUCUGACAAAGCCGACAGUCAGUCUGACCUUGCUGUGUCUGGCCAUGCUGGUAGGAGUUGUGAGGGUGGCUGAGUACCGCAAUCACUGGGCUGAUGUCCUUGCUGGGUACUUCACUGGAGGAGCCAUCGCUGUUUUUUUGGUGACCUGCGUGAUCAACAACUUCCAGCAUGCGAAGCCAUCCCCUCCACCCAUGCGGCUCCGGCGUCCUGAAUCCGUGCUGGGCAUGCCCAUGGUGGCUCUGCCUUGUGUGGAGAGUCCACUCGAAAAACUCCAAGGGGAUCUUCAUUCACUGAGAUCACAUGACCAUCAGCCCUAUCGGUUCCCCGCCACCCCCGAUGUCCUCAUACCGUCUCGCUCCAUUUCCAGCGAAGUCUAGACCAGCCUUCUGAGCACGCUCAGCAAUGCAUCGCAGCCCACCACACUGGACGUUACAGCACCCUCUACCGCUCCUACUCGACGCAGGUCUAGACAUUUUCCUCCUUGCUUCACUUUUCAUCUCCAUGCCCCCUCCAUGCUGCCCUCAGGUCUCAAGCACACUUCUCAAACAAACGAGAGGAGACUUUUUUUUUGCUUCAGAAAGCUCAGAUAUGGAGACUGAAUCAAACUCGUCCAGCAGUCUGAAAGUUUUAGGAUAAUUUCCAGGCACUCAGGCUUGACAUUGACAAGAUCUUUGAGUUUGUUACAGUUUGCUUGAGCAGUGCGUAGUAGCCUUUGGACCACCUAAUGACAUUUGGCCCUAAAUCCAUCCAACUUAUUCCCAGGGGAACCGAUAUGGAGUCCAUGUGCUGGACUCCUGAGAACAAAAGAAAAAAAGACUAAAAGUACUGUGUCUGAUAGGCCUCUUUUUGUUUCAUUAUUGUGUGUUUUUAAAGAGGCAUGUUUAAGUAGUGUUUAUGUAUAGCAUUCAAUGUACAUAAUGUAUUUAAGGUUUGGAUUUCAAUAACCAUGCCGGCAAAUACAACUGAAAUCUGAAAAGGUUUCCCCUGUGUCAUUCUCAGUCACCAGUGUGUAUAUUGUGAAAAACUGAAUUUUGUUCAGGUGGACAGCACCUUUUUUGUUUUGUUAACCUAUUUAUAUUUUAAAAUCAAUUUACAACAAUUUUUUAAGUCUGUGCUCACGUUCUUUCUCUCAUCAGUAAUAGGCAGCUUAAAAGGGUACAUUCGACACAAGGGAUGCAUUGAGAAUCCUCUGUCACAGUAACUGCACAAUGCUUGGUUCUUCUCCGAGGAUUUUAUUCCCACCAGUCCUGAGAGUGUGGCAGAUUUAGCUUGUUAACCGCGAUGACACCAUUCUGAUGCAAUGGCAUUUUCAUCACCCUCGUUCCCGGGAAAAGCUUGUCUCAUACACAACAGUGCUCUGUCAGAUUCAACACCCGCCACAGUUUUUACAGAUCAAAGCCAAUACACGUCUGUUUCUCAAAAAGGAAAAAGAAAAGAAAAACAGGACCAACAAGGCAUUUGUGUCAGUUUAAUUUGCUGUAGUUAAAAUGCCUUGAGAUGUCACUCACAUUAUAAGAUGUGGGGAAUUUUUUUUAUUUAAUUACUUUCAUUGCUGUUUUAUACCACUGGCUUGUUUACUCUGAGUUGCCUUGGCCUGAAAAAAAGGUUGAUGUGGUUGACGGUUGAGGUGGUUGACGGUUGAAUGGACAUUAUUGCAGCUGGUUAGCACAAUUUCCCAGCAUUCCUACUUUAAGAGGAUGUUCAUGAUGACUUUGGUUUUAUUUAUUAUUGAAUUGGAGUCAUUUGUUGUUGUUUUUUUGGUAAAAAAUAAGUGUUAUGAACAGCACUAGUCUUCACUUAGAUUGACAGUUUUGCUGCUUUUAAUUUGCACAAUGCUUCAUGCAUCUGUAUUACUCUAUUUUCCUGAAAUACCUUUCCAAGAA